AUGAUUCUACAAUGCCUGGGUGGUGGUGGUGGUGGUGGUGGUGGUGGUGGUGGUGGCGGCGGCGGUGGUCAUUCGAGUCUUGGCAGCGUCUACCUGUUGGUGGAUACAAAGUUGUCGGACCAAGGAGAACGGGGAGGGAAGCACGGCGUCUUGGGAAAAAUGGGAGAGACGCCCUCGCUGAUGACGCUGUUGCUGGUGACGGUGCUGACAUGGUGAGUCGAAAGGUGUCUGACGAGGCCAACCCGAGCCUUUAACUGAUGUUGGCGAUGAGGACUUGUCAACAAGUGUGGUUCCUGCCCCACGGCAUUCCACUCUUUCGUGCCCGUCGUUUCGCCUUGACCUCCUCUGACCAGUUAAUUCGUAAUCGCUACAGACGACUGUUCGUUGCGCCUGUCGGUCUUGUGCAAAUGUAUCCCAGAUCUUUCGGUUGAUUUUACGGAGCCUAGAGAGGAAAAUGCGUCCCGCCCAGGCGUCCCACAUAUUUUAUAGGAAAUUGAUACAAAUUCCCGAUAUAUACAGAUGGUAGAUCAACUUGUGGGAGAUGUUCGUCCCUUUGUGCCUUGGGGCCAAAUUUAGAGCCCUCUCGAGCAGUCGCAUAGUGACUAGUAUGUGAAGAUAAUUGAAACUGGGUCGGGAAGCGCCACUUCAUCAUAAUUGACAUUCCUGAUCACAACCGACAGGACACCGAGCCAUUGGCUCAUUGGUAGGGUGUUAGGCCCAACGACCGAAGAUCCCGAGUUCGAAUCUGAGGCGGUUCUCAUCCGGGGUCGGGUAGGGCCGGGUGGUGAAGUCUAA